AUCGUGUCGUACACGAAGACGGCCGUGCUCGGUAUGAUGGCGGUCGUGUUCGACAUGACGACGGCCGUGUUCGACACGACGUCGGUCACGACUACGACCGUGCACGACAACGAGCCGGACACGACGACGAGCGUGUUCGACACGAUGGUGAUCGUGUUCGACCCGACGACGAUCGCGUUCGACACGACAAGGAUCGUGCUCGACACGACAACCAUCAUGUUCGACACAACGAUGACCGUGUCGGACACGACGACGAUCGUGUUUGACACGACGCCCAGCGUGUUCGACACGACAACGAUCGUGUUCAACACGAUGACCAUCGUGUUUGACACGACGACCAGAGUGUGGGACACGACAACGAUCGUGUUCAACAUGACGACCAUCGUGUUUGACACGACGACCAGCAUGUCGGACACGACAACGAUCUUGAUCAACACGACGACCAUCGUGUACGACGAUCGUGUUUGACACGACGAACAACGUGUGCGACAUGACAACGACCGUGUUCAACACGA